AUGCCAUCAAUUAUCAAAAGGUGGCGAAUAGCUUUCAUAGCUGCAGUAUUCAUGAUUUUCAGUCUUCAUUACCUCCAUACACGACGCAAUACUUGGAAUUAUGGCGCGAAUUAUCUCUCUUCGAUAACGAGACCUCAUCCUCCCGAUGGGAAGAUACAUUGGUCCAAAUUGCCAGAACGAUAUCCCGUUACUUCGUACAUUCCCUUGCCCACCGGGAAACCGAAGAAGAUCCCACGGAUUCAAAGUGACCCGCCGAAAGAAGACGCAGCGCAGAAACAAGAGAGAUUGAAACGAUUAGCGGCAGUCAAAGAGAGUUUUGUACACAGUUGGCAGGGAUAUAAAACACAUGCGUGGUUGCGAGAUGAAGUCUCCCCGAUAUCUGGAUCCUGGAAAGAUACAUUUGGUGGCUGGGCUGCUACUUUGGUGGAUUCGUUGGAUACUCUAUGGAUCAUGGGUUUGAAGGAAGAUUUUGAAAUUGCGGUGCGAGCGAUUGAGGAAAUUGACUUUACGACUACGGAACAGAAGGAUAUCAAUGUUUUUGAGACGACGAUUAGAUAUAUGGGUGGGUUCUUGGCGGCGUAUGAUAUUAGUGGAGGUCAAUAUCCGGUGUUAUUGUUGAAGGCUGUGGAGGUUGCGGAGUUGCUGAUGAGUUGUUUUGAUACCCCGAAUAGAAUGCCGAUCCCCAGAUGGGAUUGGAAGAAAUAUAUGGAAGGAGGGGAUCAAGUAGCACCCAGAAGAGCCCUGGUCUCUGAACCAGGUUCUUUGAGUCUCGAAUUUACUCGCCUUAGUCAGUUAACUGGAAAUCCAAAAUACUACGAUGCAGUCCAACGAAUCUCUGACGAAUUCGAGAAAAGUCAAAACUCCACACGGUAUCCCGGAAUGUGGCCUAUUAGUAUUGAUCUCCAAAAGCUUCGAUUUGAUGAAGAUACUGUGUUUACCAUGGGAGGAAUGUCAGAUUCUACCUACGAGUAUCUACCCAAACAAUACAUGAUUCUGAGCGGAACACUCGAGCAACCCAAAACAAUGUACGAAAAUUUCAUAACAGUUGCUCAAGAAAAAGUGUUCUUUCCGAUCCUCAACGAGAAUAAUCAAAAGAUUAAAGUAUCAGGCGAUAUCCGCAUUAAAGGAAUGGGCGAAGACAGUUACCCCGAGCUCAUACCUCGCGGGCAACACCUCAGCUGUUUCACCGGCGGCAUGAUAGGAAUCGCCUCAAAAAUCUUCAAUCGACCCAGCGACCUCUCUCUCGCCUCCGAGCUAACCAACGGCUGCAUCUGGGCCUACGACAGUCAUCCGCAGGGGAUCGCCCCCGAAAUCUUCAGCGUAGUUCCUUGCCCCCAAAAUCACGAUUGCACAUACACUUUGCAAAAAUGGCACGAUGCGCUCGCAGCCAUCUAUACACAUCCACUGACAACCACGGCUGAGGAAACGGAAGCGAAAAUUGAGGGGAUUAUUAGGGAGAGGAGGUUGAGUCCGGGGUUUACGUCGGUGGAUGAUCGGAGAUAUGUACUGAGGCCGGAGGCGAUAGAGAGUGUGUGGAUUUUGUGGAGGAUUACGGGGGAGAGGAGGUUUGAAGAGGCGGCGUGGAGGAUGUGGGGAGCUGUGGAGGGGGCGUGUAGGACGGGGGUGGCGGCGGCGGCGGUGAGGGAUGUUACGGUUGGUGAGGAGGGUGAGGAGGGUGAGGAGGGUGAGGAGGGUAAGAAGGGUGGGGUGGAUGGAGAUGGAGAAAUGAAAGGGAAGAUAGAAAGGAUAGAUAGUAUGGAGAGUUUUUGGUUAGCCGAGACGCUGAAGUAUUUUUACUUGUGCUUUAGUGAGUGGGAUGUGGUAAGUUUGGAUGAUUUCGUUUUGAAUACGGAGGCUCAUCCGUUGAGGAGGUUGAAGGGGUGA